AAUAGCACAAGUAAACAUUCCGCGAAUUUGAAAUGUUAGUUUAUGCUGCAGUUUAAUAUAAACGGGGGAAAAUGAGCUCCAAUUGCACAAAGAAAGUUGUAUAUAUUGACAGUAAGCAACUGAGAAAGGAAUGUGAUAGAAUUCCCCAAGUCAACGGAAGGGCAACAUUAGUCCAUGAACUGAUUGUAGCCUGUGGUUUGUUAAAUCAUCUUACCCCAGUUCCAAGCCGGCUGGCAACAGAAGAAGAGAUAAGUUCAUUUCACUCUAGGUUGUAUAUUGAUUUCUUACAACAAGUUAAUGAGAGUGAUGACCUGGAGGCCCAUGAAGAUGAGCAGGAAGAAUUUGGUCUAGGUUACGAUACUCCCCUGCUGUCGAGGAUGUACGACCAUGUCCGGGUGAUCGGAGGUGGGUCGGUGGUGGCAGCUGAGGCGUUAACGAGUUCUGGUGCGGAAGUAGCCAUCAACUGGUGUGGAGGGUGGCACCACGCCCAGAGAGAUGGAGCAGAAGGGUUCUGUUAUGUGAAUGACAUUGCCAUGGCUAUCCUGAAGAUGUGCAAAAAAUUUCAAAGGAUUCUAUAUGUUGACAUGGACCUUCAUCAUGGUGACGGCGUGCAGAACGCGUUUGCCUCUACAUCCAGGGUGAUGACGCUCUCGCUGCACCACCAUGGGCCUGGCAUAUACCCUUGCAGUGGGGACGUUACUGAUAUUGGCAUUUCAAAUGGCCGCUACUAUGCAGUAAAUGUUCCUCUGCGUGAAGGUGUAUCCGACAGCACUUACUGUGAUGUUUUUCAGAAGGUGACAGAGAAGGUGUUUGACACCUACCAGCCGGAUGCGCUAGUCGUCCAGUGUGGUGCAGACGGCCUGCACGGUGACCCCGUGGGCUGUGCCUUCAACCUCACGUCUGAGGCCUACGCUACCUGCGCCAGCCUGCUGCUCUCCCGAGGGCUGCCGACACUCUUCCUCGGUGGAGGUGGCUACAACCUGCCGAACACAGCUCGCUGCUGGGCGGCGCUGACAGCUGCCAUUGCUGGCUGCAAACUACCAGCUGAAGUUCCGGAACACGACUUCCUAGGGGAGUAUGGACCGUAUUUUGAAUUCAGUAUACAGCCUUCUUUACGGAAGGACUAUAAUACAAAGGAGUACAUUGACAGCAUCGUACAGCAGAUAACAGAAAAUCUGAAGCACGUGGAACUAAAAGAGAAGAGUCAGAGCAGUGAGAAAAGAUAAGUCUCUCCAAAUUGCUGGGGGUGUGGCAUAAAGUGUAAUACAGAAUGCUGUUUUGGCCAGUUUUGUGAAGGAGCAGCUGAAGACACACUUAUUAUCUGGAGUACUUGGUGAUGAAAAUGUGCGUAAAGAAGAAAUUGUUGCGAUUUUGUAAAGUAGUAACUUCUGUUGCUUGUAGCAAAUGUAUCAUUGUACAAGACUUUUGUAAAAGUUAUCUUGUUGUUAUACCUUUUUGUUAGUUACCGCAACACAACUUUUAAUCUCAUUGGUGUAACAUUUCAAUAACAGUCUUGUAGUAUUUAACAAUAUGCUUUAUGUAUGUUAAAUACAUCUGCUGUGGUAAUGUG